AUGGGACUCCAUAAAAUUAUUGUGAUCACCAUUAUCAUUUCCUUUCUCAGUAAUACUGAAUCAACUUGUCUUCCAUUUUCAUGUGACACAUCCAAUCCAGAUACCAUAAAAUUACAAUUCUGUAAUUCCUCAUUACCCGUCGAUCAAAGAGUAGAUGAUCUCAUUUUACGCCUGAAUUUGGAUGAGAAAAUAUCACAAUUGGGUAACACUGCACCAGCCAUUCCUCGGCUAAAUAUCCCUGCUUAUGAGUGGUGGUCGGAGGCGUUACAUGGCCUAUCUAUGGAAGGAUUAGGGGUGAAAUUUAAUGGAAGUAUUAAAGCUGCAACUCAGUUCCCUCAGAUCAUUCUUACUGCUUCUACUUUUGAUGAACCUCUCUGGUAUCGCAUUGCUCAGGCAAUUUCGAGAGAGGCAAGAGCAGUGUACAAUGCAGGUGAACUAAAGGGAAUGACAUUUUGGGCACCAAAUGUGAACAUAUUAAGGGAUCCAAGAUGGGGAAGAGCACAAGAAACAGCUGGGGAAGACCCGAUGAUGGUAGGAAAAUAUGCAGUGGCUUAUGUAAGAGGACUUCAGGGGGAUAGUUUUGAAGGUGGGAAGCUCAAAGAUGGGCAUCUUCAAGCUUCAGCUUGCUGCAAGCACUUUGCUGCUCAAGAUUUGGAUUAUUGGAAUGGCCAUCAUCGCUUCACCUUCGAUGCUCAAGUUACACCACAGGAUAUGGCAGAUUCAUUUCAACCACCAUUCAAGACUUGUGUGGAAGAAGGAAAAGCUACCAGUCUAAUGUGUGCUUAUAGUCGUCUCAAUGGGGUCUCAAACUGCGCUAACUAUGAUCUCCUGACCACGACUGCUCGCAGACAGUGGGGUUUCAAUGGUUACAUUGUAUCAGAUUGUGAUGCAAUUCGCGUUAUGCGUGAUUCCCAUGGAUACACAGCUGAAGAUGCAGUUGCAGCUUCUCUCAAAGCUGGUAUGGAUGUGAACUGCGGUUCAUUCGUGGCAAACUACACAAGAUUAGCUUUGGAGAAACAAAAAUUACAAGAAUCUGAUAUAGACAGGGCUCUUUGCAAUAUUUUCUCCAUUAGAAUGAGGUUAGGACUAUUCAAUGGUGAUCCAAAAAAACUGGAAUACGGUGACAUUUCUCCUGCAGAGAUUUGUAGUCAAGAGCACCAGGAUCUAGCCCUUGAAGCAGCAAGAAAUGGCAUUGUCCUUCUAAAAAAUUCUGCCAAACUCCUUCCACUUUCUAAGAUAAAAACAACAUCCCUUGCUAUAAUAGGUCCAAAAGCAAACAAUUCCGAAUUACUUUUAGGUAAUUAUGCAGGCAUUCCCUGCAAAAAUGUUUCGUUACUCCAAGGAUUUCAAGGCGUUGUGAAAAACAUAGGCUACCAUCCAGGCUGCAAUUUUGUCAACUGUACUUCUGCUGCAAUAGAUGAAGCAGUAGAUGUUGCUAAAAAGGCUCAGUAUGUUGUUUUAAUAAUGGGAUUAGACCAGCAAGUGGAGAGGGAGAACUGGGAUCGCGUAGAUUUAGGACUACCUGGACAACAAGAGAUUCUUAUUAACGCAGUAGCUGAGGCUGCUGUAGAACCUGUUAUACUAGUGUUAGUAAGUGGAGGUCCUAUUGAUAUUUCUUUUGCCAAGAACCACCUGAAAAUCGGAAGCAUCUUGUGGAUUGGUUAUCCUGGAGAAGGUGGAGCAGCUGCACUAACACAGAUUCUUUUUGGUGAACAUAAUCCAGGGGGAAGGUUACCAGUAACAUGGUAUCCUAAGGACUUCAUAAAAGUACCAAUGACAGACAUGAACAUGAGGCCUAAUUCAUCGACUGGAUAUCCAGGGCGAACUUACAAAUUCUACAAAGGGCCAAAAGUUUAUGAAUUUGGCUAUGGUCUUAGCUACACAAAUUAUUCAUACAACAUCACAUCUGUUAGUCAUGACAAACUCUAUUUCAUUAACCAAACAUCAUCAGACGAGAGAAGAAAACACGGUUCACAUAUUCAUAAUAUUGCAGUUUCGAAAUUUGGCUCAGAGGUUUGCAACAAGGUGAAGAUAUCAGUUAAGGUUGUGGUGAAAAACAAGGGGAAAAUAGGUGGUAAACAUCCUGUGUUGUUGUUUGUUAGGCAUUCUAAAGUGAAGAAUGAUGAAGUUCCAAGAAAGCAGUUGAUUGGAUUCAAAAGUGUACAUUUAGGUGCAAGAGAAAAAAGUAAGAUUAAAUUUAUUGUGAGCCCUUGUGAACACUUUAGCAGGGCUAAUAAGCAUGGUAUAUCAGUAAUUGAUGAAGGCAAAUAUUAUCUUGUUGUGGGAGAUAAGAAAUAUCCUGUUACUGUUUCUAUAUGA